GACCCACUUCUCAAUACCACCAGCAAAAGAAGAGAAACAAAAGAGAGAGUGAUCUGUAUAUUGUAGUACUGAUCUGGAGUGAUGGAGGCAUUCGGGAAGCUUGCAAUAGUGGCUCUAGUGUUGGCAUCUUUGGCCAGCAGCAAUGCCCAGACCAUAUGCAACAUGUCCGGGGAGGGUCUGAUGGCAUGCAAGCCAGCGGUUUCUCCUCCAAACCCUGCUCCACCUUCGGCCGCGUGCUGCUCAGCGCUUUCCCACGCCGAUAUGCACUGCCUCUGCUCCUACCGAAACUCCAAACUGCUGCCUUCCAUGGGAAUUGACCCCAACCUUGCAUUGCAACUUCCAAAAAAGUGCAAAUUCCCUAAUGCUGCCCACUGCUAGAGUGUACAUGGAGCAACAGCAAAGUGUUCUACUUAACCAUAUAUAUAUAUAUGUGUGUGUGUGAAACAUAUAAUAACAAAAUGCUCUUCUUGAGCAUUUGGAGUUUGAAUGGAGUUGUUAGAUAUUAUGGAGUGUUGAUAGGAAUGCAUGCCACCGUUGCAUGCUCCAAUUUGCUGCAGGUUUGGAGUAUAUAUCUCCUUUGUAAUUCAAUACAAAUAUUAUAUAAGUAUUUUUAAUAUGCAA